AUGAAGUCUUCACUGCUGCUUCUGUCUCAUCUCUGCCUGUUCAGCCUCAUGCGUCCCUCACGGGCAUCAGACUUGGCACAAGGCACGUCCAACCUAACUUGUUGGUAUGACUCACAGGCAGCUCUCUUCUGUGACUGGAACACAGACAGGGAACUGGUUGAAGCACCGUGCCAGCUGGAGAUUUUAUCAGAGCAAGGUUUCUUCUCUGGGUCAAUUUCCUUACCUGAAGACUACAAGAAGUACUGUGAAUUACCCAAAGUAGAACACAUGACAGGACUGAGGCGAUGCAUCAAGAUCUUCAACCAAAAGAGCAAUACUCAAUGCUUCACUGUUUCAGACCGUCUUACCAUGUCUGUCCUUUGUCAGAUUGGAGACAAUAAGUCUAUACCCGUGAGAAUAGAAGAUUUCAAUCCAUUUGCAAAUAUAAAGCUGAGGCCUCCAGGAAAUCUUCAGCUGGUUAGCAUAACUGAAAACACCUACAACUUAACAUGGAGCCUGAAUAUUUCCUCUCAUUACUUGUAUGGGCUGCGAGAAUACCAAGUGCGUUACCGAACCAUGAGUCAGUCCUGGGAGGAUGCCAAGAACUUCACCAUCGAACAGGACCAGAUGUGGGCAAAGUUUGAGAGCCUCUCACCCAACUUGAAAUACGAGGCAGCUGUCCGUGCGAGGCCAAGUGCUGCAAGUACCUACAAAAGCGUGUGGAGCGACUGGAGCGAGACGAUACUGUGGAGGACACAUGCUGACAAAAUAUCCCGCCCAGUCCUGCCAGCUCUUAUAGUGAGCACUUUCAUCUUCUUGACCAUUGGGACUGCCUUACUUAUUAACUUACGGACCCUCAAAUGGUUUAAGAAAAUCCUGAAGAUUCACAUCCCAGACCCUGAGAAGUUCUUUCCCCCACUCAUUUCGAUUCAUGGAGGUGAUAUUCAGAAAUGGCUCUCCUCCCCAUUCUCCACAUCUUCCUACUGUGUGAACAGCACAGUCCCCGAGAUCUCCAUGCUCGAGGUGAUGCAGAAGAAUGACCAGGAUUCCCAGUUUCUCCUUUCCAAGGGAAGCCUGACUGCUGAUCCUCCCACAGAAACCAGUGUGCACUCUGUAUCCAGCUGCUUCACCAACCAAGGCUACUUCUUCUUUCACCUUCCUAACUCCUUUGAGAUUGAGCCCUGUCAGGUCUACUUCACCUACGAGCCAUUCACCCAGGAAGGCAGUGGCAACAAGGAUCACGAGUCUUACCAUGCUCUCCCCUCCCCAGACCUCUGCACACUGGCACAGGACAUGACCAUGUUGGCCCCCAAUGUUUUUCACUGUAUCAAGGCAACCCAGAGCUUCCAGAACAGCUCCUUCAUGGAAGAGACAGGUGAAGCCCAGCGUGCCAUGGCUAUUUCUGGGGCUCUCCAGUCAAGUGAAGGCACCUCACAAACACCAGCUCUGAAGCAGAAUGAGAAAGUGAUGGACAAAGCAGUUUCACAACCUCCUGAGGCCCUGUGCCAGCUGGACACUGACUUUCCUGACCUUCCAGACCUGCAUGCCAGCAAUACUAUUGAUGUAAUGGAGGGGAGUGAGAAGGCAGACCCCCUGACUGAUCCCUGCACUCCAGCAGCAAAUGCUACCUCUUCUUUCUCCCAGCCUUCACCUACAAGGCCAAGACAGGAUGAGGAUCCAUGCAAAACAGCCUUCUCCAGCCAAAUCCCAAACACUGGUGCCUACCUUUCUCUGAGAGACCUCCAAAGCCAGUACAGCCAUUGCUCUGUCUAG